UGCUGAAGUUAGCCCAGUGCUCUUCACCUAAUUUGUGUUUCUGCGUCCCCACACACAGCUAAAGGAAAUGAAGAAGUUUUUCGAUGACAUUAAGAAGGAUAUCAAGUUUAAAUCAGCCGGACCUGGGAAGAAACUAACAGAAGAGGGCAGUAGCAAGUCCCAGGUGGUGCAGAGCAGCUCCAGUGCCAAGCAGCACCGCCAUGCUCCCAGUGCAGGAGCCCAGAUGGCAGGAGCCGCAGCUCUGGCCAGGAUUGAACAGCACCCACGGCCGAAGGUCCACACCUCUCAGGACGCCAUCAGGAGCCAGGUUAAAAGAGAGCUGGAGGCUGAGGCAGCCGCACUGGCUGAAAAAGACAAGGCAGCUGGAGCUGAGGGAUCCAAAGUGCCAGUGAAAGAUCCCACCUGUCUCUCAGUGUCAGGUGUGUAUUUCACCUGUCCACUAACUGGAGCCAUUUUAACUAAGAGUGAGAGGGAAGUACACAUUAAAGAGGCCAUUUUAAUGCGCUUCGAGGAGGAUGAGAUUGAGGCCUCUGUUAUGAUGAUGCACACGUUUAACAAGGACAGAGAGAAAGUGAAGACUGCUGUGGACAUCAUAAGCAAAUACAUUGAAAAUAUAUGUAAGAAUCCCACAGAAGAGAAAUACAGGAAGAUAAAACUCAGCAACAAAGUAUUUCAGGAUAAAGUGCGUUGUGUGGAGGGCAGCAGAGAGUUCCUGCAGGCUCUAGGAUUUACAAGCAUUAUGCUUCCUGUAGAAGGUCAAGAGGAGGAAGAGGAGUUCCUGGUGUUGACAGAGCACAGUCCCGAUGCCCUGGAGUUGAUGAAGGAGAGGAGGGAUCGUCUUGUGAGAGGAGAGCCAGUCAGAGCUCAGCUGAACAGAGAAGCUCAAGCGUUCAGAGCCUCUCCCAACGCCAUGCGCUUUGACCUGCCACCAGAAUUCUACAAUCUGACGGCAGAGGAGCUCAAGAAGGAGCAACAGCAGAGGAGUGAUUUGAUAGAGAAGAACGCCAUGCUGCGCACUAAAGCCAUGAGGGAGAAAGAGGAGCAGAGGGAGAGAAGGAAAUAUAACUAUACCCUACUCAGGAUCAGACUGCCUGAUGGGAACUUGCUACAAGGGACUUUUUAUGCCUGGGACCGGCUUCCUGUGCUGUUCAGCUUUGUUCGGGAGUCGUUGGUGGACGGCUGGCAGCCGUUUGAGCUCAUCGCUCCUGGAGGUCAAAAACUACAAGAGUCUGAAGAAGUCGCUCUCGCAGAGUGUAACUUGGUUCCAGCAGCUCUGCUCUCAUUUGCCUGGGAUGCAGCUGUGCAGGCAGAUAUUGCAGCAGCAGGCGGAAAGAGCCCCACACUCCUUAAACCAGAGCUGCUGGAAAAAAUUCGGACCCUGAACUGAGCGGACUGUCCCUGAACUCUCCCUGCUACCUCCCUCCCCGGCACCACCGGCGUGAAGUUGCCCCUUAAAAAAAAUGACUAGCUAUAUGAUUAUUUUUUACCAAUGCUGACAUACUACUGUAUGUCAGUAGCAGUGUUAUAGACGAGGGGCAACUUCACUCUAAUGCGCUUGUUCUGCUGAGUCUCCUCAUACCUGUGUCUCACCUCUGAGGGGAUAAUGUCACACUGCAGUCUGCCUCCUGCUGAAGGAAACAGUAACAGAUGGAGAAAGCAAAAGACGUGUUGUUUUGUUGUUGCAUUCUGAAUGUACAUGCUGUGUAGUAGACAGACUGUGGCAGCAGCUCAUCGUGCAACAGUCAACAUUUCAGGUAUACUUUACACGGCAUGUUCUGACCUUGUUUACCUGUGUCACUAUUUUUUCCAAGUAAACAAUCCACCUGUCUUACACAACUGUCGGAAUAACGGAGUGAACGUCUCUGGCUGCACAGUCAUAUAGAAAGAGUGAAGGAAGUAAGUCAGAUACUACUAAUCGUAUCAAGUGUCUUCGCACAAGACUUAAAAUGCUGUUAGUUUUGUUUGGUGAGGUCAAGGUUGAGUCAAUGUUUUGUCUUUUAACUCAUUGUCACCUGGCCUGAUUUGGUGUAAUGUAACUGACUCUGUCACUGUCAACAUGCGGCAGCUUCUGGUUGCCUGUCUGUCUUCUGCUCUGCAGUGGCCACUCCAUCACACACUUCACAGAGUGUGUCAACUCCUACAGAGUUUUCUGUUUUGUUCAACAGUUAAAACCUAAGUAAUUUAGUUGACAAAUAUGAGUAAGAGCACAAGCCCAAACUAUGUUUUUGGGAUAAUUUGACUUUUCAUUAAAAAAAAAACCCUUUGCAAACAAAUAUUGUUUGGAGCAAAGAGUUGGACUGACAAUAUAGUGGUGACUCUAAUACAAAUAUAUGUUGUAUUAGACCAGUUUUCAGCAUCUUCAGGAUCCAUUAAAACUCUAUAAGACGCAGUAGAUGUUUAAAUGUAAAUGAAACAGUGUGUGGCACAUGUAGCCUUGCCCACAUUAAGUGAAAAGUGGUUUAAUUGUCGAGGCUCGCUGCAGAAGCUUCAUGUAGUCGACUCGCUCUAGCAUGCAGGCAGUCAUUAAUUACAAUUCUGUUAAAACUGGCAGCAUGGACUCCUGUUAUAUUAAUGGUGCUUUUGACUAAUGUAUUUGUUUGUAUCAAACACAUUUGCUCAAGACAAAAAGGGUAUAUAUUUCAAACACAAUAGGAAUAUAUAAAAAAUUAAUAGAAAGUAUGAGCCCAGUGAAUCCAAUGAGAUCAAUGUGAAAUAAACAAAAUGUGUUUUAGAUCCACCCUCCCCACUGAAACAUGAAGGUCAGUACAUUAUAAGUGGUUUUGCUGUAUGUGAAUCCAUUCCAGUUAAAUCUGAAAAAAAGAAAUUAUUCAUUUUAUUUCUUCAACUAGGUGAACGCUAAUUAUGUCGAUUAAUAGUAUUUGUUUUUCUCCUGCUUGUUGUUAGUUAAAAUGACAACAAACUACCUCUGUGCUCAUCUUUCUAAAACAUCCGAAGUAAUGGCAGAAUUAGAUCCAAGUCACAGGGUUGAGUGACAGUUGUAAUCAUCUAAAAGCUGGGGACUAAAAGGAGCUGUUAACCAUACGUUUGAUGCAGAAGUUGUUGCACAUUCCCAGCGUUCACCAGGCAGUCAGACAUCUCUCUCGUUCAGCCUGCCUACCAGUCGCCCACUGGUACCCUGAAGGGUUUAAAUGUAUUGUUGUAACCUUAUAAAAAUGAUUAGUGAGCAGUUGUGAUCUGUCCAAAUGUUCUGUUGCUUUUUAACCUGCCUGUAAUAAAGAUGGCUUGCAUUGCA